GUAAUGGCGAACUCACGAAAGCUUAAACCGGUCAUGGAGCGUAGUUAACGGCUGCAUUGUGUCUCCGGAAUAAUUGUUCUUUAUUUAAACUUGAUUAUUCUGUAAGAAUUAAUCUUCAUUAUAUUGAUCAACUUUAAUACGGUAUUUUGAGACUCGAAGAAACAAAAAAUGGGUGCAUAUCUAUCGGAGCCGGUAACGAAGAAGAUCUCGAGCGACGAAUCAAGCAAGAAUGUGGCGUUCGGCGCGAGUUCCAUGCAAGGCUGGCGAGUAAGCCAAGAGGAUGCUCACAAUUGUUGCAUAGAUUUCGAUGAAAACGUUUCACUCUUCGCAGUUUAUGAUGGUCAUGGAGGACAUGAAGUUGCAACAUAUUGUGCGAAUAAAUUACCUGAAUUUAUCAAACAAACGGAAGCUUAUCAAAAAGGAGACAUCAGACAGGCAUUAAUAGAUGCUUUCUUAGGUUUCGAUGCAACAUUAGCUAAACCAGAGGUGAUAAAAGUCUUGAAAGAUAUUGCUGGGAAUAGCAUUGAUAAUAAGGAUAAAUUAGAUGAUGAGUCUGAUGUUGAAGAAAAUGUAAUGAAUUUGCGACAAGAAGCAGAAAUGCCAUUAGAACAGGUGAUGGCUAAAUAUUUGUCAGAAAAUCAAGUCCAAGCUAUUGGAGAAAAAUUUGGCAAAAAAAUGGCUGCAUCAAGUCCUUACAUUCGAACUCGACGAACCAGAGAACGUCCUGGAAAUUCAUCAGGUGCCAGUUGUUCGUCAUCAUCAUGGAGUACAAAUGAGGCAGACGUUAGUAGUUCCAGUCAAUCUUGCUCAAGUUCUGGAUGUCCUUCUGAGCCAUCUAUUUCAGAUAAACAUGAGAAACCCAAUAGCCCUCGGAGCAGUGAAGUUGAACAAAUUUUAGAUUCCACUACAAGUAACGGUGAAGUUUCACAUGAUGCGGCUGCAACAGAAUCACCAUCAAAAUCUGCAGAUAUGCCUGAUAGUUCAGAAGACGUCAAAGAAAAAGUAUCGCCAAGUAAAACAGAAGAAAGUACAGAAGAUAAUAUUGAAGUAAAUGGAUCGGAAUCAAAAAAAAAAGAAGAUGCUGAUAAUGGACGAAGUUCUAGUGAUGUUUCCAGUAGUUCUUCAGUAGAAAAUGGAGAAAUAGACCAACAAGAAGGUAUAAGCAGCAGUAGUCGAAGGAUAAGUAAAGAAUCAUGUUACAGAAGUCUUUUACAAGCUCGCAUAGAUGCUUCUGAUGAUGAAGAUGACGAUGAUGAUGAGGAGAAUGAUGAAACUUUUGAUGGAUUGCCUGAGAGUGUAAGUGAAGAUGAUACGGAAGAUAUGGAAGAUGAAGAUGAUGAUGAAGAUAGUGAUCAAGUUGAUGAAGAUGAUUAUGAAGAAGAAGAAGAUGAAGAUAGUUUCACUGUAACUGAAGAGCCAGGAUCGGAUAGUGGUUGUACUGCAGUUGUUGCUAUCUUGAAAGGUCAAGAUUUAUAUGUUGCAAAUGCUGGAGAUUCAAGAUGUGUUCUUUGCCGAAAUGGAGAAGCUGUAGAGCUCAGUUUGGAUCAUAAACCAGAAGAUGAGCCGGAAAUGAAACGGAUCAUGGCCGCUGGAGGUAAAGUUACUGCUGAUGGUCGAGUUAAUGGUGGUCUAAAUCUAUCUCGAGCACUUGGAGAUCAUGCUUACAAACAGAGUACUGAAUUACCUCCACAAGAGCAAAUGAUUUCGGCUCUGCCUGAUGUUCGACAUGUAACAAUAGAUCCGAAAAAUGAUGAAUUUAUGGUACUUGCUUGUGAUGGCAUUUGGAAUUUCAUGUCUAGUUCUCAAGUCAUUAAAUUUGUACGAGAAAGAAUAAACACCUGCGAAAAUUUAUCGAAGAUCUGUGAACAGCUUUUCGAUCAAUGUUUAGCGCCAGAUACCUACGGUGAUGGAACUGGUUGUGACAAUAUGACAGCCAUAAUUGUUAAAUUUCAAUCACCAGACUCAGAGGAAAUUAAAAAUAAUGCCAAUGAUGAAAAAGAAAUACCGAUAUCAAACAAAAGGCCACUAUCACCAACCAAACCAAUCAGUGAUUCAGAUGGAGCAAUCACAAACGAACAAAAUGAUGAAUGUAAACGUGCGAAAGUUGAAACAGUUUGAAAACAAUAUUGAAGAUUUUUUGGACUAGUAAAAUUGAUCUCUGUCAACUGUUAAGUGACUGAUGUGAAAUCAUGUAAAAUUACAUUAUUUAACCGUGUACAACUGGACAAAUCUUUACUGGACAACGACAGUUUUGAACUGCUGUAGUGUGUAAAAUAUGUGUCAGUGUUGGAAACAAAUGACACAAUAAUAUUAAGUGGAGCAAAUGAGAAAUUAAUUGAUUUAUUAGUUAUUUACAUUCGUAUUUUUUACAAACAAUUUUUAAAAUAUAUCAACAGACGCUACGGUAUUUUCUCGAAAAAGAAUAAUUAUUCAAAAAAAAAAAAGCUUUUAUGGACUUUUUAACUAAUUAAUCAAUUGAUAACUUUAUCAUUAAUAGAUCUAUACAAUAUCAUUGUUUCUUUUUAUUUUUAACUUUUAUAAGUAGAUUUUUGUUUUAUCAGAAUCAUAGUAUCUUUGAUCAUUUAAUUAAAUCAAGAAGCUAAGAAUAAGUUUUAUGUUCACAUUGAUAUUAUUUAUAAUAAUCAUGAAUUUAAUAUUGAGACUAAUAAAACUCUUUCAGGAAAAGAGUAAUUGGAUUUAUUUAGAUGAUAAAUUUGAAUAGUUAUUUAUUUAUGUGAGUAACUUAAAAUCAUAUUUACGUAAUUAAAGUGAUUUUUAUACUUGUUUUUGAUGCUCCUAUGCUCCAUUUAAUUGUUUCCUAAUGUUUUUAGAAUAUAUGUGUAAUAGGUAUGUAAAUACAGAUAUUUAGACAAUAGGGUUUAUAUAUGUAAUUUA